AUGUCCGAAGAGUACUCGUCGGUGCUCUUUGUGGUGCGCGAGUGCUACGUCUACCGAGUCCCCCCCCGCACGUCCGCUGCCGGCUACCGUGCCGGUGAAUGGGGCGAUGUCGACCAGUCGCUGUGGAAAGGGCGCAUGCGCAUUGUCGAGUACAAGGAUCGGUGCGAGAUCCGCCUCGAGGAUGGCGAGACGGGUGAGCUCUUUGCCGCGAGCCCCUACGAUGUGAGUGGAAAGUCGGUCGAGCCCGUGCUCGACUCGUCGCGCUACUUUGUGCUGCGUGUCGAGUCGGACGGCCCGACGCCCGAUCAGCGGCGCACGGCGUACAUUGGAGUCGGCUUUAUGGAGCGUUCCGAGAGCUUCGACUUUACGGUCGCCCUCCAAGAUUGGACGCGGCGACGCAAGGCGGUUCUCGCUGGAGCGGACGACGAGGACGACGAGGCGCCCCCCCGUCCGUCGCCGCACCUGCCGGCCGGCCCGAAGCAGGACUUUUCGCUGCAGGAAGGCGAAACGUUGAGCAUCAAGUUGCCGGCGCUGCAAAGCAGGCCGAACGCGCCGAGCGCCUCUGCGACGCGCACGGGCUUUGUGCUUCCGCCGCCGCCGUCGGGAAAGCGCUAG